AAUAGAAAGGAUGACGACAAACAAAACAAACAACAACAACGAUGUUUUCCCAGCUGUCUCCACAAAAAAAUGUAAUAAUAAUUUAGGGGGAGUGGGUCAAAACAAUGGUGUCUUAGUUACGCCCCUGUUUUAAACAAACUUAAAUCUAUGAGACAUGUAUUGUAAUCAGCAGAGCCGUAGAACCAUUUGGUAGUUGACUGUGAAAUAAGCCAAGAGAUUCCAAGACUACGACAUACAACAGUUUCCUGAACAAUGGCGUCGGUGAUGGUAUGCGUUGUUGUCGUCUGUUUGAUGUCUGCCGUCGCUGAUGGUGAACUAAGGAAGAAAUACGCCAGGACUGUAUUUGAUGUGGACCUCCAGAGUUUGAGAAGAGGUGAAAGGACACACAAGAGACAAGGUAGUUCAGUUAUGAAAUCCGUUACUCUGUGACGCGCUGUUAACUAUCAAAUCUAAGGCAAUGUUUCAUAGUUGCCAUGGACAACGGCAUACACAAUUAACAUUUAAAAAACCCACUUAAUUCUUAUACAAGAGUGUGCAUGCCAGCGGUUCUCAACUGGGAGUCACAUUUGAAGGAAAUUUUAAUUCGAUUAUUUUAUAUGGGAUAUUUAAACCUCAAAGGAACUAACCUUUUCCUUUUUUUAUACACUCUUUUAGAAGUGGAAAAAAAAAGCAACAAAAAUUCAUUUAACAUAGCCGCCAUAUAUCAGUAAUAUAUCAUAUCAUAUAGCAGUCAUAGAGCUGUCAUAAAGCAGUCAUAAAGCUGUCAUAAAGCCAUCCUAUAUCCAACAUAUUGCAUUCCUAUAACUUUUAUAUAUACUUAUAAGGAUUAACCGGGUAAAGUUUUUUUUUUUCACGGCUUCUGGGUAUUUUGAUAAAAUUCCUAUGGGUGCACGUGCUACGAACUAGAGUAUAACCCCACUGAUCUAUCUUUUGUUCAAAUUUAAGCUCUUAGUCGUGUAACUGAAUGUCAGUUAAAAAUGUUAAUGUGAUCAUUGUAAGAAUUUAGAAGUUAUCGGUACAUUACUAGUACAUAAGAUCAAAACUUGGACAACCGAUGUCCAGAUCUAAGAAAGUUUGAGCUGUACUCAUCAGGCAGAAUGCUGGGGAAAAAAUAAUAUCGAGAGAGUUCCUUUAAAUAUCGAGUGAGUUCCUUUAAAUAUCGAAUGAGUUUCUUUAAAUAUCGAAUGAGUUUCUUUAAUUAUCGAGUGAGUUCCUUUAAAUAUCGAAUGAGUUUCUUUAAAUAUCGAAUGAGUUCCUUUAAAUAUCGAGUGAGUUUCUUUAAAUAUCGAGUGAGUUCUUUUAAAUAUCGAGUGAGUUUCUUUAAAUAUCGAGUAUGAGUUUCUUUAAAUAUCAAGAUAAAUCUGUUGAAAGCAGUUAGACUAAAUACUUCCAAUUUGACUUUGAGGUUGAUUACUUCCAAUUUGCAUCCACAACUAACAAAUAAAUCCUAUAUUUACUUUUUCCUACCACCACCUUUUUUUUUUCAAAACCAGUGACAUGUGAUCCCAAUGACUUUCAUUGCGCCAACGGUCAGUGUCUGUCCAUUAACUGGCAGUGUGACAGUUACAGAGACUGUACGGACGGAAGUGACGAGCUCAACUGUCGUAAGUAUAAGAAUAUUGCUGUUGGAGUGGUCAUCGCCAUUUGCAUGAAACUACCAGUGUGUACGGACCAUUGUUGGUAUUACAAAACAGGUCAAUUCCUUUUCCUAACUAAUGCAAUUCUUCUUCAAUUGUGCUGAUGACUUAGAAAAUAAUGAAAGAGUGAAGACAAAUUUUGGAAAGGGGUCAUAAUAUUUUAGUGUAAUAUUUAAAAGACACAGAGAUAAAAAAAAUAAAACAGCAAAAUAUUAUCCUAUAAGUUUAAUUUAGUUUAAUUUUAUUUGUUUCUCUUGUAAGUUUGAGCAACUACUCUCAUAACUUUGCCUAUAUUAUAAUACAUUACAGGUGAGCUUUUUUGUACCAAUGUCACCAUAAAUUUAACGAUUAACACAUACGUCCGGGUUUGACCUGUCAAACGGCCCAUGAUAUCGAGGCACUCUGCCAUUAGGUGCUCUACUGUGUCAGUGGCAAGGUUACAGAGUCGGUCGUUAGGAUUCCUUCGUGGGUUGAGUCUAUGCAGGUAGCUUAGGGAUUUGAGUCUAUUAAGUUGCUUCGCGUCAUGCAGUGAUUUGUUCGAAUCUGUGCAAUAACUCGUUGUUCGCUUCCUACCAGUCUGCACAAGUGGUCGCUCUUACUCAGCCUGCACAGGUGGUGGCUUCGAUUCGAUCGCGACAGGUUUCGGUAAAGCUUUCGAGCUGGGUCACCUUCCAACCAGCGGUUGAGCCAUUCUUAAUGAAAGUGCUCUUUGCGUCAGGAUUUGACGCCCAGUUAAGUCAUGCAAGGGUCUGGUUCCGGCUGAGCUGUUACCGUCUCGUGCCAUGGUUUCUGCUCUCUCGUUUUGCAUCACCUCAAAGCGACAAUGGACCCAGUCGAGGAUGACCAUGCCACCCCAUGCAUAGAUGUAUUCUGCUGUUUCCACAAUGGCAUUGACUACCGUUAACUCCAUCCACAGAUGCAAGGGCAAACUGGGUGUCGAUGAAGACCGCAAUGUUCGGGAAGAUUUUUCUCCACGUUAGUCGACGGCGUACUAGUUUCAGGACCACCAAAAUUGUUCGAACUAUACAUAGAUAUUUGUAUUAUUUUUGCCACUGAGCCCCGAAAUCUGCUCUGGCGUAAUUACUGUAUAAAUGCCCUAUAUCCAGCUCGUUUCUCGCUUCCGAAACACGAGUCGUCGGUAACAGACUUGUAUUGUCCUCAGAGCUUCUUCUAUAUCAUAGACAUAUGCCAAAAACCAAGAUGUAGAUCAUGGCUAAGCACGGCGGGAGUUCAUCCUCGAGUGCAUACAUAUUUAAUACGUUUUCCCUUAUUACUGUCGCAAUCUUCAUAUCCCAUGAGAAUGAAUGGAUUUAAUGGUAUAAGUCCGUAGUAGAAUCCAACAGUAGUAAUUAGUACAUGAGACCCAUGCGAUGUAAUUUGUCAUAGGGCUGCUGGAGAUCCAAGACUACUGCCAUAGUGUUGCUUGUCAUCUGGAUAUUGUUGAUAGUGGUUUAGAUAAACUGUUCCAUGGGCUGGCCUGGCGUUCCUUACGGAAGCCACCUUGUGUCAGUGGCAGGCUCUCAGUAGUUCUAAAAGCCAGUAGUGUCAUGCGUUUAACAUUCGUUUGGCUAUUUUUCCUACUUACCGUUUUAGUGAUAUCGGGGAUAGCUCGACGGAAGGUCGCCUGAUUUACCAUCUUUGGAACUAGGGAUCAUCGUUGCUUUUUCGAAACAGUCGGCAGGGGGCGCUUUUUGCCAGGGUUUUGUUUUCGAGAUCCAAAAACGUCUGACUGACUUUUCUACCACGGCGUGUGAUCAUUUCAUUGUGGAUCUUGUCUCGAUCUGGUGCUUUGGCUUAUGACCACGUAUCUGUAUCUGUGCUUUGGCUUAUGACCACGUAUCUGGAUCUGGUGCUUUGGCUUAUGACCACGUAUCUGGAUCUGGUGCUUUGGCUUAUGACCACGUAUCUGGAUCUGGUGCUUUGGCUUAUGACCACGUAUCUGGAUCUGUGCUUUGGCUUAUGACCACGUAUCUGGAUCUGGUGCUUUGACUUAUGACCACGUAUCUGGAUCUGUGCUUUGGCUUAUGACCACGUAUCUGGAUCUGUGCUUUGGCUUAUGACCACGUAUCUGGAUCUUUGCUUUGGCUUAUGACCACGUAUCUGGAUCUGUGCUUUGGCUGACUUGCACUUGUCUGGAUCUGUGCUUUGGCUGACUUGCACUUGUCUGGAUCUGUGCUUUGGCUGACUUGCACUUGUCUGGAUCUGUGCUUUGGCUGACUAGCACUUGUCUGGAUCUGUGCUUUGGCUGACUUGCACUUGUCUGGAUCUGUGCUUUGGCUGACUUGCACUUGUCUGGAUCUGUGCUUUGGCUGACUUGCACUUGUUCGCAAUUCUUUCAUAGUGAGAGGUGCUGUUAAAACUACUUGGUUGGGGCCUCAUUGUUUGGGCUCGAGUUCCCUUUUUCGCAGACAUUUGAUAAAUCGGCCUUCCCCAGCUUCACUGGCAUUUUUUAAACUCGCUUUUGAAAAGUGAUUUUCAAGUAUCCGAGCGCGCUAAUCACUGCUCGCCUGGGAGCCACUUGCUGCUUUCAGAGAUUUAGUGUCGUGGCACGGGUGCCUGAUCAUUAACUCCCGCCAAACACAUCAGUUGCCCUCAAAAUCUUCUAGUCUCUCGCUCCACGUGGAGGAGUGACCCUGUGCGAAAAGUAAGUACAAGAUACUUUUCUUGAUUUAUACAUGACUCAGUUUCCAAUGAAAUGCGGCCUAACAGUAGAGGAUGCAAUAAAUAUAUUUUUCUUCCAGCCCCACAUUGCUCUGGAGAGCACGGACUUCUUUGUAACAAUGGUCAGUGUGUGCCCAGGGAGUUCACUUGUGAUGGCGACAAUGACUGUGGAGAUCUGACAGACGAAACAGACUGUCGUGAGUAUGACUCUAUGGCAUGUGGUGGAAUAGUGUACAUGAAGGGAUUGCGGGGGAGGGGGGUCCCCAGGUGGCACGUUUUCCCUGGGUCCCCAGCUGGCACGUUUUCCCUGGGUCCCCAGCUGGCACGUUUUCCCUGGGUCCCCAGCUGGCACGUUUUCCCUGGGUCCCCAGCUGGCACGUUUUCCCUGGGUCCCCAGCUGGCACGUUUUUGCUCACAAGGAGGGGUGGUAUUUUCUGUCAAAUAUAUUUUUUCUUUAAAGGGAGAGAAGGUGGCAAAAAAGCUUUGCCCGACCCGGUUGGCACUAACCUUGGUCACUCUGUGUAGAGUGGAACUCCGUUAUAAAGCGAUAAUUGAGGUCCAUAAAUCAGACAACUGCAUUUUAAAUAUUCUAUACGAAUAGCGCCGGGAUGUCUACAACAAGCAGAGAGGUGGUUGGUUGAAAAAACGAAUGUUUGCAUAUCUUGUGGCUAGUGAGCUACACCGUGUUGAAGAUGGACCAGCUUUCGUCAGUUGGGGAUCGUGCUUCAAUAGAAUAUGCAUCUCAAAAUGUUUUUAUAUGUCAAUGAAUAUUUUGGAAGCAAUGCCAUAACCACGUUAUAUCCGAAGUCACAUCAAGCUGUACGCGUCACAGUUGGGUUCCUCUGUAUUGUACAUGAUAUUACAAAUCAUAUUGGUGCUAACAAUAUGUUAUAUUUGGCUUCCAUUGUAGUGUAUACGAUAUUCCAUGUCAUAUAGGUGCUAACAGUACGUUAUAGUUGGUUUCCAUUAUAUGUUGUACACAUGUGUUAUAUGCUGUAUCCAUAAGUCAUAUGUUUUAUCUAUAAGUUAUAUGUUGUGCACAUACGUAAGUUAUAGGUGAUAUGAUUGUUUAACCUGUCAGAUAAAAUAACCUGUGACACUGAGCAAAUCCGAUGCGACAACCACAAGUGUAUCCCAGCAGCAUGGCACUGUGAUGGAGACAAUGAUUGUGGUACUGGUUGGGACGAGCAGAACUGUAGUAAGUAGGGCAAUGAUUGUGGGGCAAUGUGGGACGUGUCAACUGUAAUAGGUAAGAAAAUCAUGGUGGGGGCAAUGUGGGACGAGUCAACUGUAUUAUAGUAAGACAGUGAUGGGAGGAAAUGUGGGACGAUUCAACUGUGGUAAGACAGCGGAUUGUUUCAAGAAAUGUAUCAAUGAUUUAACAUGAUCCAAGGGUCGAGAUUAUGUAUUUUGUUUAUUAGGAUACGGAAUUAUAUUGAGAUGCAUCCAUCGGGGAUUCUCAGCAAUCUGUGCACAUUUGUAACCCGUUACUUUCUGUUUGUAAGUUCAUAAACAAUUCACUCUUCUGUUUUGUCACUUUUAGCAUCCUGUUUUUAAGGUCAUAAAACAGUUCACUCUUCUGUUGGUCACUUCUAGCAUCCUGUUUGGACAUCCAGUUCCAAUGCGCCGACCUGUCCAGGUGUAUUGAUGCCCGUUGGUUGUGUGAUACUGUGUCCAACUGUGCUGACCACAGUGAUGAAGUCAACUGCAGUAAGUCCUGCCACGUUACCUUCAAUAGCAUUAGUUUACAUUGGAAAACAACAACAACCCUAGUCAUUUGGCUACGGGGAAAUAUUUGGUGUUUUACUUUUAGCUCUUACAGUUUGUCAGACUACUAAGUUAGGUAGGACAUUAACAAAUGCAUUUCAAAUUUAUAUUUUAUCAUAUUUAAGAGGGUUUCAAAUUCUUCAUGAAUCCGAGACUCUUUGGUUGCUAGACAAACACAUAUAUCAGCCAAACUGAUUAUACAACAAAAAAGGUAGCAACUGUAUCCUUUAUGCACCUCUUCUAAUAAGUGACAUGCUCGGUAUAUUAAAAAAUAUUUCAAAAAGAACAAAACAGAUUCUUUUCCAAACCACUGUCAUGGAGCUCAUGAAAGUUUAGUAUUUUACUUGGCCGACAAGAGCGAACCGCAGAAAUUUGGUUGACAUCAAGCCAUUCAGUAUUGCAGAACACGCCACAAAUUCGACGUAUAGGACAAAUUCCCCCCCAAAACAGCGGGGGUUGAAGCUGUUGCUUCUUAGCGUCCUCUCUCUUUCUCUUUCGCGAUUCAAAUCGAGGAAAUGCAAUUCACUUUCCUGAUAUCGGACUUUCGCAGACACAGAGGAGAACAAUGGCGUCAUAAUGUGUUCCACCGUCCAACUGGUAGAGAGGAUAAGUCGGGGGCCACGUGCUGGUCAUGGUAUGGUCACUCACCGUGAAUGACCAGCCGGAAGCUAGACCCUGGCACACAGCACUGUGCUUAUUUUAAUUUCAGCUUGUGAAUAUGUUAUCCUCUAGCCUGGGGUUUACCCACAGCUAUCAAAGUGACACACAGGGGUAGUGUGCUACAUUAUUACUAUUAAGUGGUACGUUGUCAUCAUUUAGAAUGUAUACACAAAUUGCCCAACUUUGUAAUGUACACAAUUUGAUAGCUAUUUGAUUGUCGUUUCUGAUGGCAGCGUGUAAUGAAACGGUUCACUUCAAAUGUGCCAACCAACGAUGCAUAGACAUCUCCUACAGAUGCGAUGGUGGUGACGAUUGUGGCGACGCCUCUGAUGAACUAGGAUGUCGUAAGUUAUUUAUUUAGAAAAAAAGAAUAAUGCUUAAAAAUUACUUUACAGUUGAUUUUGUCGCUGGUAAAGAAUAAGGGAUUAAAAGGCCGUUUCAAGUUUCAAGUAAAUCUAGCAUAAGUUAUGUAGAGGCGUGGUUCCCAAACGUUUAAGUUUGGCGGACCGUUGAACAAAUUUCGAAAUUUUACCACGGACAGGUGCAUGAUUUAUUUUUAUACUUUUAUUUCUAUUUGACAAUAAAUAUUUAUGUUAUGGGGACCGGCAGCGUUAGGCAUGCGGACCGGUGAAGGUCCACGGACCGCCAUUUAGGGACCGCUGGUGUAGAGGACAGAGAGCUUUCACAUGUUUCACACUCACCAGACAUCGCGUGGACACUCUCUGACACGUUCGGGAAAAUUUUUUCAAUAUUUGAACAAUAAUUCCAUUUAACUAUUUUUACAAUGGUCACUUGAGAACGUCACAUCUUCAUACAGCUGUUCCAUGUUGGAAUGUUUCCUACAGCUGUUCCAUGUUGGAAUGUUUCCUAUAGCUGUUCCAUGUUGGAAUGUUUCCUACAGCUGUUCCAUGUUGGAAUGUUUCCGAUCUUCAAAAUAAAUAUGAUUUACAUGAUUUUUUUUUCUUUCGCUUGAAAAUUUUCAAAUUCAGAGAUUUACAAAAAAAACAACAACAACAAAAAAACCGUGUACUUGUAAGAAGAACAUUCAGAAUUAACUGCAAAAAUCCGGGUAGUAAACACUUUUCUCCUAUGUUUUUCCAGCCACACUCCACCCCAGUUUAUGCAAUGACCUGAUCACAGUCGUGAGCUGCGCCGUCAUGAAUGAGACUGCCCAGCCCAUCUGUCAGCGACCAGAAGACGGUCACAAAUACUGUCGCAAGUUUUGUGGGCUGUGUGACCCUGACACCACCACACACGACUAGCGUCCACUGACUCGACUGACGCUCAGAUUUGUCGACUUUUUAAUUCUUGCUCAUUCGUACACAUUUUUUUUAAUUCAGACAUCUUUGGCGAAUCAAUAAAGAUAAUAAAAUGUCUUGUUUAUUUUGGGGUUGAUUCCUGGAAAGACGUUUUCAAGUGCAUUUCUUUGCUGUCAAGAUGUCAAUUUUUUCUUUUUACUAAGAUGGUUGGAAUGAAAGCAAUGUUGUAGCCUUUGGUAAUUAACUCCACCAUGGAGAGGUUUCACUUAAACCUCAACCGUGCACGAUGUAAGGAAUCAAAGCUAUUUAAAUAUUAGUGUCAACAAUGCCCCUUGACCUCAAAGCAACACGCUCAACUCUGAACUUAGAGAUGCCUUAGUGCCCUGAAUUCCUGAUAGUCAAAUGAAAUGUGCUAAAAUUGAUUUUAUGUCUCAAUAAAUAUUAGUGUCAACAAUGCCCCUUGACCUCAAAGCAACACGCUCAACUCUGAACUUAGAGAUGCCUUAGUGCCCUGAAUUCCUGAUAGUCAAAUGAAAUGUGCUAAAAUUGAUUUUAUGUCUCAGACCCAUGAAAGCUCUACAUUUUAUAUUUUUAUGGUCGUUUUGACAUGCCCCUGUUUUUGCUAUUAAAAUUACUUUAAAGGCCAUCAUCAUUUCCGGAGAAAUUGAUCAAUAGAUAGAAAGCAUUCAUCGUGGCUCGACAUCCUGGUGAACAUACUCAACAAACUAUGACUAUGGCUACUAACACAUUUUUUUUGGUCAUCAAUGGUUGCAGUUAUCGUUCUUGCUCAUCGUAACUUUGCAUGCCAGGAAGAAGUUUAAAAAAAACAACACACACACACCAACACACACAAAUUUUUAAUGAUAAAAGUUAGAAAUCUGGAAAAUAAUUUAAAAGACAGAUUUGUGCAAGAAAGUAAAAUCUAAUACAUAUUAUUGCUUAUGAAAAGGCAAAGAUUUGCGGGUCAAAAUAUAAUGAUAUAACCUAUCCGGUAUCCCAAUAUUUUAGCAGGCCAAAUCUGUACACUGUGUUUUUAUAUCAAGUCAAUUUAUGUCUGGAAAAUUUAUUUUUAUUUUAAUUUUUUUAAACAGGC